AUGGAGAGCAUUCGCCCUUGUUAGACGCAGGGAUUCAUACACAGCCAGCACGUGUGUGUGGUGGGGGACGGUGCAUCAUCUAAUUCUGCUGGUCAUCAUGUGUGAAGUUGUGGUCUGAUGCCCACCCUCACCUCAGCGCUGGCCAUGGACGGGGAGAACUACCUGCAUCCAGAGGGCCCUCAGCUGGACCGCAGCUUGUUCUCAGUGGCCCCCUCAACGAUGGAGAGUUCAAUAUAUUCCUCCCCUGGUUUGUGGGGAUCCUACUCUCAGCAGCCUGGAUACAGCACACGCUGUCCUAUGCAACCUGGAAACCAGCAGUACCCUUUGAGCAGCAACAAUACCACCACUGUUCCAGAUAUGCACAUGGACUUGUACCAGGGAAUCCCUGACAUGGACUUUGCAAGCCUCAGUCUCCCAAGGAAUGGAGAUUUCUCCCAGGACCUGUCCUGCAUCGAUGACCUCUCGAACUCUCUGUUCUCCUCUCCGGCUGACUCUCUGUCAGAGUAUGCUGACUCUCAAACCUUCGUCAGCGGCGACACCCUGGACAGCGUUCCCACGCUGUGGGACGUCAACACUAGCAGCACCGCCACACCAGCACAGAGCCACUUAGAGCAGAAUGGCACCGGCAGGUUUCAAAACUUGGCCAGUUUGGAUGAUAUAACAGCUAUUAUCAGCACUCCACCUUUAGGAGGAUUCCAGGCUCAGGGAACACAGCCACCACCAGUGGAGGAAGAGGAUGCCGAUGAGGAAGAGGCAGAAGAACUUGGGCAUGUUGACACAUACGCUGAGUACAAACCUUCUAAAUCCACUAUAGGAAUUUCUCAUCCUGACAUAGUGGUGGAAACCAACACGCUGUCCAGUGUCCCUCCUCCUGACGUCACAUACACUUUGGCUAUCCCCAAGCCGACUGUUGACAGUGGGCUUCUGUCUGCUCUGCAGCUAGAAGCUGUCAUCUAUGCCUGCCAGCAACAUGAGGUGAUCCUUCAGAACAACCAGAGGGCGGGCUUCCUCAUUGGAGAUGGUGCCGGUGUUGGAAAGGGGCGCACCGUGGCAGGAAUCAUCCUGGAGAACUUCAUUAAGGGAAGAAAGAAAGCACUGUGGUUUAGCAUAUCCAAUGACCUGAAAUAUGACGCAGAGCGAGAUCUCAAAGACAUAAACGCACAGAAUAUUCCUGUGCUCGCCUUAAACAAGAUUAAGUAUGGAGACACAGCUACCUCAGAAGGAGUCCUGUUUGCAACUUACUCAGCGCUGAUUGGUGAGAGUCAGGCUGGAGGGCAGCACCGGACAAGAAUCAAGCAGAUCCUGGAUUGGUGCAAGCCGGACUUUGAUGGAGUUAUUAUUUUCGACGAAUGCCACAAAGCCAAGAACGCCACCUCCACUAAGAUGGGCAAAGCAGUGCUUGACCUGCAGAACAAGCUGCCACAGGCCAGAGUGGUGUACGCCAGUGCCACAGGUGCCUCUGAGCCAAAGAACAUGAUUUAUAUGAGCCGCCUGGGAAUAUGGGGUGAGGGCACACCGUUCAGAACAUUUGAAGACUUCCUGCAUGCCAUUGAGAAGAGAGGGGUUGGAGCCAUGGAGAUUGUAGCCAUGGACAUGAAAGUAAGUGGGAUGUAUAUUGCCAGGCAGCUGAGCUUCUCUGGAGUGUCCUUCCGCAUCGAGGAGAUUGGACUGGACAGCGAUAUCAGAGAGGUCUACAACAAAGCUGCCAAACUGUGGGCAGAGGCGCUGCAGGUGUUCAUGCUGGCGGCUGACGAGCUGGGCCUGGUCAGCAGGAAGUCUCUGUGGGGACAGUUCUGGUCGUCUCACCAGCGCUUCUUUAAAUAUCUCUGUAUCGCUGCCAAAGUGCGCUCCCUAGUGGAACUGGCCCAGAAAGAGCUGGAGGCUGGAAAGUGCAUCGUCAUCGGGCUGCAGUCAACUGGAGAAUCACGCACCAGAGAAGUCUUGGAUGAGAAUGACGGACAUCUUGACAGAUUUGUUUCUGCAGCAGAGGGAGUUUUCCAGUCCCUUGUAUCAAAGCAUUUUCCUUCAGAGAAGCAGAGGAGGGAGAAGGCACCGGGAAAUAAGAGAAAACGAAAGCCCAGAGGUCGUCAAUCCAAGGUGCCCAAGCACACAGUGGACAGCGGCGGCGUUAUCAACAUCUCCGACGACAGCAGCAGCGAUUCCGACGGCAUGGACACAGACUCAAACUCCUCACCAGACUCCCUGCAAGACAACGACGACGUCAUCUUUGUUCACCACACCAGCUGCCAGUCAGCCAGGAUAGAGGACAUGAAGCAGGGCCUCCUGAAUAAAAUAUCAGAACUAGGAAAAGAACUACCUCUCAACACGUUGGAUGUGCUCAUUGAUAAGUUUGGAGGGCCAGAUAAAGUCGCUGAGAUGACAGGACGUAAAGGCCGCGUGGUGCGACGUCCUGAUGGCAUCGUGCGUUACGAGUCGCGGGCUGAGCAGGGCUCCACGAUCGACCAGAUCAACAUCAAAGAGAAGGACCGCUUUAUGAACGGAGAGAAGUUGGUGGCCAUCAUCUCAGAGGCAGCCAGCUCUGGGAUUUCCCUGCAGGCAGACAAACGAGUGAACAAUCAGAAGCGCCGGGUCCACAUGACCCUGGAGCUGCCGUGGAGCGCAGACAGGGCCAUUCAGCAGUUCGGUCGAACUCAUCGGUCCAAUCAGGUGACGGCUCCAGAGUACAUCUUCCUCAUCUCAGAGUUGGCUGGAGAGAGACGUUUCGCUUCUAUCGUGGCUAAAAGAUUAGAGAGUCUGGGUGCGCUGACUCAUGGAGACAGACGAGCCACUGAAUCAAGAGAUCUGAGCAAGUACAAUUUUGAGAACAAGUAUGGAACCAAGGCUCUAGAUAAAGUUACUAAAGCAAUUCUUGGCCACAUAGAGAACAAGGUGCCCCCUCCCAAAGGAUACCCUGGUGGGGAUGCCCGAUUCUUUCAAGAGAUAAAAAUUGGAAUGAUCCAUGUGGGCAUUAUUUGUAAAGAGCCUCGCUUUGGGAUCAGCACUGAAAAAGACUGCAGUAUCACUAAGUUCCUAAAUCGCAUCCUGGGCCUGGAGGUCCACAAGCAGAACUAUCUCUUCCAGUACUUUACAGAUAACUUUGACUACCUGAUCGAGAAGGACAAGAAGGAGGGCAAAUAUGACAUGGGAAUCCUGGAUCUUGCUCCUGGUAAUGAUGAGAUUUAUGAGGAGAGGCAGGAAACGUUCUUGACGGCUGGAAACCCUCAAGACGGGCAGGUUGUUCUUUAUAAGAUCACGGUAGACAGAGGUAUGCCCUGGGAAGAGGCCUACAGCAAGUCCCUGAAGCUUAGCGCUUCUGAUGAGGGGUUCUACCUGUCCUAUAAGCUGCGAGGGAACAGUCCCUGUGUGCUACUUGCUGAGCAGGGACGAGGUAAGAACUUCAACAUCUACAAGCCCAACAUUGGCAAGCAGACGCAGCCUGAGAGCCUCAACAACCUGCUGCAGAGAUACAGAAAGGUUACUUCAGAGGAAGCUAAAGACAGCUGGGAGAACCAGUUCACCUUCUCUUUAAAGAAGUGUAGUCACGCCAACUGGAAUGGGAAGUGUAAGAAAAUCGAAGAGGGCCAGGAGUGUCUGCAGGGCAUGCGUCUCCGUCAGUAUCACAUGCUGUGUGGGGCGUUGUUACGGGUGUGGAAGCGAGUGUCCGACGUGGUGUCUGACAUCACCAACUCCAGCAUCCUGCAGAUUGUCCGCCUCAAAACGAAGCAGCGCAACAAGCAAGUCGGUAUCAAGAUCCCAGAGGCCUGCGUGACCCGUGUGCGUGAGGAGCUGCUGCUAAUGGACGAGGAGGUGAAGAAGAGGCGUAAGGAGAAGCAGCAGCAGGAGCGCAUGCGUCAGAUAGAGCAGGAGAACAAGCGCCUUCCGGAAAACCAGAACCCCGUCCUCAACCACUUCCUCGUCCAGAAUCCGAGCCACGUUUUCAAACAGAACCCGAACCAGAAUGCUUUGCAGAGGACUCAGAACGGGAGCAUGUCCCAGCUAGAGGCCCAAAUCCAGUCUGCUCUGCAGCAGCCCCCCUACAGUUUGUCUCUGUUUCCCCUACAGAGGAACCAAACCAGGACCCACAAUGGCUGGCCCAGCAGCUCCACCUCCUCUAGCACCAACAACCAGGUGGCUCUGCCCAAAACCGUGAGCCACAGGUUCUCUCAGUUCUACAACCAGCCCUUCUUACCGUCGUAUCAUUUAUCCAAGAGCACGCCUCUCCAGCUCCACCAGACGGCGCCGUCUCCCGACUUGUCUUCCAGUAAUCCCCUGAAUGAGAUUUUGGACCUGACCAUGAGCUCGCCGUCUCCCUCCACAGACAGCACAGAGGCUGGGCCGAGCCUGGACACCCUGCCGGACUUUAACUUGGCUCUGUUCCCCGUGACCGUCCCCGACCCCCAGCACCCUGCACAGACACAGCAGCCUUUGAUGCUCCAGCAGCACCAUCAUCCGGCUCCCCAGCAGCAGAACCACAACCUUCUACCCACCAACCACGAUCAAGACUUACUAGAGAUACUCGGCUUGGCGCUGUCUCCCCACAUGCCCACACAGAAAGCCAACCCUUCAUCCUCAACCUCCUCCUGCUCUUCCUCCACAAGCACCACCUCGUCCCUGCCAAACAACCCGGUUUCGCUCUUCUCCAUCCCUUCCUCAUCCCCUUCCUCCUCUUCCUCCUCCUCCUCGCUCUUUUCCAGUUCGUUCCCUGCGCCCUACCUCCUGCCACAGUCCGACUCCGUUUCUCUAACCAACGGCCACUGCAGCUCUGGCGCUCUGGACGUCCGCGAGGCCUUGAACAGCAUGCUGCAGGCCGGGCAAGACCGCAAGUCUGUCAUCCAGUACCCUCAGCAGGACUAAGAGCCUCAGCAGUUACACAUGGUUUAGACUUUGUCAGGUUUUUGGCAUUUUGUUAAGUCUUUCAGAGUAGUUUGCAUCACGUCACCCCAUUUGGACCUAUUCCCCCGUCCUCCCCUCAGGGCCGAUAGUCAAGUCACUGCCUGCUCCUUCUCUCUAUCCACCUUUAGCAUUCGCCGAUUUUUCUGGUUUAAUGUCAGAUUUUUGCACCAAAGUGUGCCCUCUACCGUAAAAUAUAUUUAAAAAAAAGGCAGCUGUUUCAAAAGUUAUAAAAAAGGAAGUUGGAAAAAUAACCUGCGGUAACUACUUUGUGUGAAAAUCUUUUAACAAACCUCCCGCUGCUGACUUGUACGAGGUGAGAUCGGCGAAUUCGCUAGAAGCUCUUCUUGUUUGUCUUAGCUUAAAAAAAAAAAAAAGAAUAAGUGUAUGCAAGGCAUGGUUUGAGUGAAACAAAAGAUAGAUUUUAAA